ACUUUAAUCUUUCUCAAACCUCAAACAAGGCAUCUUCCCCUCUCUCUCUCCAUCUGUCGUGCUCCUUUUAAUCUCAUUUAUAUAUUGACUUCAGAAUUCAGGAGCCCUAAUUCUUCUAAUCUCUCUUUUCUCCAUUUCUCAGUCUUUCUUCCUCAACUUUCCACCGAUCUGAGUUUUCUUCGAUUUGAUCUGAGUUGAAUCGCCAUGGAUGAAGAAUACGAUGUCAUAGUCCUUGGAACUGGUCUCAAGGAAUGCAUUCUCAGUGGUCUACUCUCUGUUGAUGGUCUCAAGGUCCUACACAUGGAUAGAAAUGACUAUUAUGGAGGAGAAUCAACUUCACUUAAUCUCAUUCAGCUUUGGAAGAAGUUUAGGGGAGAUGACAAGCCUCCAGCAGAGUUAGGUCCCAGCAGAGACUAUAAUGUGGAUAUGAUGCCAAAGUUCAUAAUGGCAAAUGGUGCUCUUGUCCGGGUUUUGAUACACACAGAUGUCACAAAAUAUCUCUACUUUAAAGCAGUUGAUGGUAGUUUUGUGUUCAACAAAGGAAAGGUUCACAAAGUACCUGCUACUGACAUGGAGGCCCUGAAAUCUCCAUUGAUGGGAUUGUUUGAGAAACGUCGUGCUCGUAAGUUUUUCAUUUUUGUGCAAGAUUAUGUGGAGAAUGAUCCCAAGACACACGAUGGACUGGACCUGACCAGAGUGACUACAAGAGAGCUUAUAGCAAAAUAUGGCCUUGAUGACAACACCAUAGAUUUCAUUGGUCAUGCAUUGGCCCUUCAAAGAGAUGAUCGCUACCUGAAUGAACCUGCAAUAGAUACUGUGAAAAGAAUGAAGCUAUAUGCCGAAUCUCUGGCACGCUUCCAAGGAGGAUCACCGUAUAUCUAUCCCUUGUACGGAUUAGGAGAACUACCUCAGGCAUUUGCACGGCUGAGUGCUGUUUAUGGUGGAACAUACAUGUUGAAUAAGCCAGAAUGCAAGGUUGAAUUUGAUGCCGAGGGAAAAGUUGUAGGUGUAACAUCUGAGGGAGAAACUGCUAAGUGCAAAAAAGUUGUCUGUGAUCCAUCUUAUCUUCCUAACAAGACAAGGAAGGUGGGAAAGGUUGCGAGGGCUAUUGCCAUUAUGAGCCAUCCGAUUCCUAACACAAAUGAUUCACACUCGGUGCAAAUUAUUCUGCCCCAGAAGCAAUUAGGUCGUAGAUCUGACAUGUAUGUCUUCUGCUGUUCCUAUACUCAUAAUGUUGCGCCAAAGGGAAAGUUCAUUGCUUUUGUAUCAACAGAAGCUGAAACCGACAAUCCUCAAACUGAAUUGAAGCCUGGAAUCGAUCUUCUAGGCCCAGUUGAUGAGAUGUUUUUUGAUAUCUAUGAUAGAUAUGAGCCUGUCAAUGAACCUUCUUUGGACAAUUGUUUUAUAUCUACGAGUUAUGAUGGUACAACACACUUUGAAUCCACUGUCACAGAUGUGCUCAACAUGUAUACAAUGAUAACUGGAAAGGUUUUAGACCUUAAUGUGGAUCUUAAUGCUGCCAGUGCAGCUGAAGAGUGAAACUCAGUUUAGCUGUGUGAACGAUGUAUUGCUCCUUCUGUUCCUAAACAUACCAAUCUAUCUUCUGGGGUUUGUGGCUUGUGCCAUGAAACUCGUUGGAUCAACAUGUAAUAAGUUUGUUGCUGUGUUAUGAAUUUUAAUGCGCAGGGAGAACUAAUGUUGCUGUGCUUCUCUGUUGGGCUGUUGGUGUUGGAUGACUGAAAAUGUCCUGUUCAGUUUUUUUUUUUUUUUUUUUGGGUCCUUGUACAAACAUGCUUUCCUGAUAAUUUAAAUUUAGAGCACGAUUCACAUAUUUGGUUUGGAAUUCUUUUGGUAAACUUUUGUGGCAAGUAAUUAUCAUAAUCGCGAUUAGGUAUUUUAUUA